AUGGAGAAACUAGUUGUUGUAUAUGUGAUAAUUGGCCUAGCUGUGAUCACAGCAUCGUUGGAUCUUUGCUCCUCAACAUUGAAGCGAACUUUCACCAAGCUCCACUAUUUCGGCAGAAAAAUCCGUGGUGCGAGAAGAGGAUUCGCUAAUAUGAGUGACGAUAUACGAGAGGCCAUGAGAAUAAUCGCUGCUCUCAAGAAGACAAGGCCUAGUAAGGACCGCAUAACGUUGGAGGAUUUAAAGCGUUUUUUGGAAGUUCAAGAACACUUAUUACGGCAGCCUUACGUUCCUUGUAAUGUCCACAUGAUGCGGUGGAUAGAGGAUAAUGUAGGACCACAUACGUAUGCUCAGUAUCUUGAUGACAUAUCAUUGAAUGGUAAAAGGCCGAUGAGUCCAGUUGCACUAUCGCACAAGAUGUCAGCAAGUGAUCCGAUGCUCCGAAGCAAACAUCGAUAUAGCGACAGUAAAGCAUGGGGUGGAUUCCCAAUACAGGCGCUUCGAUUUUAA